AUGUCGGUCACAGGUCACACCGGGGGGGUUAAUUGGCAGUCGUCCCUUGAUGGGAUUGUCCAAAAGAGGAAGCUCAAAGGCGAGAUCAUGGACCUCGACUUCACCGUCGACACAGACCACCGCAAGCGCAGGCGAAACCGCACCACACAGUCCUGCCUCAACUGCCACACAUCAAAACGCAAGUGUGACAGAAAACGCCCAUGCCAGCGUUGCAUACAGCUCGGCCUCACGGGCCUUUGCGUGUACGAGAUAGACGAUCCUGCGUUGAGGGACGACCCUACUAUAGAUGAAGCUACACGUCUUCGCAAUAGAAUCGCUGAGCUCGAGAGUCUCGUGCGCGAGUUGCGUGGCAAACCCCAUCCACGUUGGGCUGACGCCUCGGCAGGCGAUCCAUCAGAGAGAUGGCACUCCCGUGCAGCCAAAAACGGCCUUCAGCUUCGCCGUGCACGUGCAUCUUCGGGUCUUUUGCCUGCUGACAACAACGGUAUCAAUGGCCAACAAGUGAAGCCAGAACCCCUUCCAGCAGAGAUAUCCCAGCCUCAUCUGUACAGAUUUACACCUUCCCCUCCUGCUCCGACCGCGUAUAACGCCACGGGGUUCUCCCCCUCAUCGUCGUCAAGUCUUUAUCAUCCACAUUCAAGUUAUCACCAACAGCAUGGGACAUCGUAUGAUAAUGGGUUGUGCCACCAUCACCAGUCACAGCAGCAGCAUCACCAGCACCAACAACAGUUCUGUUGUUCCUGCCGCACGAGUCCCUCGCUGAAUGCUUUAGCUGCUUUGGGUCACCAUCAUCCUCAUUCCUCUCACCAGCGCCAUCCGGGUCAGCACGGUGAUCCUGACGGCAGUGGAUGUUUACUGUUCAAGAGGCUAUCCGAAUUGAAAUCAACAGUCAGCGCAACGGCUCCGGCUUCGGGUAUCCCGACCAAUUCAAGUUCGGGGGCACGAGGAUCAACAUCAGGCGCAGGGUCACCUUACGGUUCUCCCCCAUACGGUACACUGCCUACGCCUACGGAUAGCGAAAUACAUUCACCGGCUUGUGGCACUCCUUUCCACGUUUCCGGCUCGGUUUCCGCCUCAGGGUCUUCACCGUCGUCACCUUCCUCAGGGUCAUCUUCCGUUGGCGGGGCCAACGGUGGGCAACAAAACACGGGCCCACCUAUUGGCGUCGAAUGGGGGAAUUACAAUUCUUAUUUCCCUUUGCAAGUCUCUUCUGGGAUGUCGGGCGUCAGCGUCAACAUGGGUGUUGGCGUCGGCGUGGGUAUGGGUGUUGGUGUUGGAGGAGAUGGCGGAGGGAUGUAUGGCGGGAUUAUCGCCACGUAGCAGGGAGCACCUAGCGGGAUGUUGUUCAAGUGCCAUUUCACUUCCUACCUCGACUACGAUUCUUCAAGGCCCCUGCGAUACCCGCGCCAGUAUUCCGAUGGUACACACGUGUAUAUACGACGUGAUACGACCCCAUGAUGCGAGGGGGGAUUGAUGACCGUGAUGUGUGGACGUUCCUGCUACUGGAUUGUAAGCUCCACCUUCUAGCCUGCGGAAGGAAGCAGACGUGUACGCAUAUGGACUUUCUUAAUAGAUGCGCCUUUAUCCGCUUUGUUUCUAAUUUUCUGUAACUCAAGUCGUGAUAUACACCUAACAAUUUACUUGGCUGUAUGAGUAGAGACAUAGAAUGAUUGACUCUGGGCACCCUGCUGCUGAUUUUCUUAAUUUAAAAAAUUUCCAC